AGCUCGUACCUGUGGAGACGCCAGGAUAGAAAAAAUAGAAGACGCACCAGAUCAAGUAGCACAACAACUUAAAUGCAUGCAAGCGCAUCUUUUUUUUUUGCCACUGAACCUUGCUUAUGCGCAACACAAGUUGGAAUCAGGAGAUCCGUCCCAUGCACCUGGCAGCAUUCACCCCGGAGUCCGGAUUUACAUCUUACCAGUUCUUGAAUGCCUCCAUCAACCACCUUGGUGGCAACCAUCCCAACGACUCCGAGCGGUACUAGCGCUGGCAAUUGACGGCAAGGAUGGCGGAGCAGCUGUUGGACCAGAUCCGCGACCUGUUUGAGGGCCAGAUUGAUUUUGAGGGCCAGAAGCUGGUCGAUCUUCUCGUCAAUGUCCUCUUGACGCUCGUAGGGGCUGUCGCCUUCUUCGUCGGAUACUUCCGGCAGGAUAUCAAGCUCACUCUUUACAUUGGACUCGCCGGCACCGCCGCCCUCUUCGCACUUGUCGUCCCACCCUGGCCUUUCUUCAACCGGCAUCCCGUAAAAUGGCUGCCGGUUGGAGGGCUCGCAACACCGGCGAACCUCGUGGUUGACAGCAAAAUACUUGGGUGAACACCAACGGCUGGAGGAGGUGCCAGGGAAGGCGGCGAAUUGUAUGCGGAACAAGUGGCUGCAGCGUGUCAUAGCAAGACAUUCAUUCAUCAUAUUCGCGGUAUCUCGAGUCUGCCACUCAGAACAUCUAUCGACGGACCCGACCCCGCCGAUACCGUGUUACGGGAAUAUGCUGUACCCAUUCCCAAGUGGAAGCGCCUCGCCGUCCUCACCCAACCCCAUUUCUCGGAUUAUCUACCAUACUUCUGGAACUCCCAGUCCCUGUUGUCAAGCGGGCAGACCUGGCGGGCCUUGAGCCAUCUCGAGAUGCAAUGGAAGUGGAAUGCGUGCU